AGGGAGCUGCACCGAGGCUGGAGAGACGGAGAAUAGAGGCGCGCUGAGCUGAUCUGAGGGCUGAGACUGUGGCCCCUUGCUGAACUGCGGCUGCUGUCCGUCCUGUGUGGCCCCCAACCUGCUGGGAACUUUCCCGUAGAACCGUGUUGCGUUUUCUAGGAGCAAGCAGGAGGAGAGGGGAGGUGGACGCAGUUGGCUGGAUUACUGCACACACACACACACACACACACACACACACACACACACACACACACACACACAAACACAGUCACACACGCAAACUGAUCUCCAGGAGCCCGGGGCCUGGCUGCGGGUCGCGGUUUUACGCAGCGUCCCGGACUUGUCUUUUAAAUGUUGGAGGAGGAUCCGGACGACAGCACGUGGAAAGCUGGCGGUGCAGCGGCGACCGCCUCCAACUAGAGCAGAGGAUAUGUGGCUGACCUGCGCGCUGCUGCUGGGGGCUCUGUGUGCAGGGCUGGGCCAUGGGGAGGCCGACACCAGGGAGUGUUUGUACUACAACGUCAACUAUGAGAUCGAGAAGACGAAUCAAAGCGGAGUGGAGCGCUGUGAGGGCGAGACAGACAAACGAUCGCACUGCUAUGCCUCUUGGAGGAACAACUCAGGCUCCAUCGAGCUGGUGAAGAAAGGAUGCUGGCUGGACGACUUCAACUGCUAUGACCGACAGGCGUGUGUAGCGACGGAGGAGAGUCCUCAGGUCUUCUUCUGCUGCUGUGAAGGAAACUUCUGCAACGAGAAGUUCACACACCUGCCUGAUGUCAGCGGACCACUGAUCAAUUCUCCGCCCAGCAGCAUUGAAGUGUUGAACAUGCUGAUCUACUGUCUUCUGCCCAUCACAAUGCUGUUCAUGGUUCUGCUCGCCGGGGUCUGGAUGUACCGACACCGAAAACCGCCGUAUGGACACGUUGACAUUGCCGAGGAUCCUGGUCCCCCUCCUGCAUCACCCCUGCUGGGUCUCAAGCCUCUGCAGCUCCUGGAGGUGAAGGCCAGGGGGCGCUUCGGCUGUGUCUGGAAGGCCCAGAUGCUGAACGAGUAUGUGGCUGUGAAAAUCUUCCCCAUCCAGAAUAAGGAUUCAUGGCAGAAUGAGAGAGAAGUGUUCAUGACACCAGGCAUGAGGCACGAAAACAUCCUGAGGUUCAUCGGAACAGAGAGACGAGGGAGUCACCUGGAGACUGAACUGUGGCUCAUGACUGAGUUCCAUGACAGGGGCUCUCUGUCAGACUUCCUAAAGGGAAACGUGGUGAGCUGGUCCGAAAUGUGUCACAUCGCCAUCUCGAUGGCGUGCGGCCUGGCGUACCUUCACGAGGACCUUCCUCGACACAAGGGAGAGGGACACAAACCGGCCAUCGCUCACAGGGAUUUUAAGAGUAAGAACAUCAUUUUACGUUCAGACCUCACCGCAAUCAUUGGAGACUUUGGCCUCGCUGUUUGCUUCGAGCCGGGGAAACCACCUGGAGAGACACAUGGACAGGUGGGCACCAGGCGUUACAUGGCUCCAGAGGUUUUAGAGGGAGCCAUCAACUUCCAGAGAGAUGCCUUCCUUCGAAUCGACAUGUACGCCGUGGGCCUGGUGCUGUGGGAGCUGGUGUCGCGCUGCAAGGCUGUCGACGGUCCGGUGGAUGAGUACAUGCUGCCAUUUGAGGAGGAGGUCGGUCAGCAUCCGUCACUGGAAGACCUGCAGGAGGUCGUGGUCCACAAAAAGAUGCGACCGGUUUUGAAAGAUCUGUGGCUCAAACACAGCGGUCUGGCUCAGAUCUGCGAGACGGUGGAGGAAUGCUGGGAUCACGAUGCUGAGGCUCGCCUGUCAGCUGGCUGUGUGGAGGAGAGGAUAUCGCAGGCCCGCCGCCUCACUGCCGCCAUCACUCCGCCUACCUCUGACCACAACGCCCUGCUGGUCUCCUCCACCACAUCUGUCACCAUGGUAACUAAUGUGGACCUGCCACCCAAAGAGUCCAGUAUAUGAGGAUGAUGCAGAAAGAAGCAAGAAAAACCGGAAACAUCACUUCUUUUUUUUUUCUUAUAAUUAGAGCUCUUGUGAUUUUUGGUUUAAGUUGUUUAAAAAGAUAAAAAUGACAACUGACUGACAGUAAAACACAAGCGUGCACACGCAGCAGAUCAUCUUUUCUCAGUGGAUUUCUAACGGCAGAACCAGAAACCUGGUGUGAACGCAGCUGCUAUUUCAUCUCUUUUUUUUUUUUCGUUUUUUGUAACGCUAAUUUUUGUGGUUUCCUCUCUUCUUCUGGACAGAAACUACCAGCACGUCCUUGUUUUCCUUCCAUUUUCCUCUGAGUAUUGACUCAUUGCGUGUUUUUAUGAGAAAACAAAGCUGAAACACAUUCAGGUCCCGACUCAGUGAAUGCUCUUCUGUCUGCAGGUACUUCAGCCACAACUCUUUGUUUUUUUAUUCAUUUUACUCUCUUUUACUCAUCCUCCAUAUCUGGAUUUUAUCUACCUACCUGUUGUCACCUAGAAACCACCAAUUAUCAGGUGACUGUUGGGAUGUUUUGUGUUUUUUUAUUUUACUACAAUGCUGCAAAAUCUUUUGUAGGACACAAAGACUGUUACUCAGCAAACAGAAACCGACAGCAAACUGUAAAAGUUUUAGUUUUUCUACCUUUUCUUGGACUCUGUUUUUAUUCUUUCCACGUAACCAUGCGCUAAUAUUCACACACAACAAACCUUCGGAUCCAACGGGUCGCAUCCAAAACGAGGGGAAGCAGGAAGUGAGGUCAGAAGGAAAACAGAAACUGGACAGUGAUUGUUUUCAGUGAGGACGUUUCCGUUUUCUGGUGUUUUUGAGUUCAGCUUUUCUGGUUUUGAGGCUGAAGACUGAGAGAACACUGACGGGAUAGGCUGUCAGACGGCAAACGUUGUGCAUGCAGAGAUUCUGAUUGGCCGAUUGCACUCAACCGCAGCAUUUUGGUUGGCUCAGAAAUAAAACUUCUCAGGUAACCAGGUCUACAUGGGUCGGGUGGGAGUGGAUUAUACUGUCUGGAAGGGGCGGGGUUAAUUUCAGAUAUGGCUGAUGGAAGCCUGUAGUGGGAGGGGCUUAUCUGAGGGUGCUUAAGCCUGUUGGCUGUCCUGAAUAUGUAAAUUUGCAAGGUGCCCAAAACAUGGGGAAACACAUGUUACCCUCAAAACUGGUGCAAGACCUCAUGGUGCAUAGUGUGUUGUAUGCAUUUAGGUCCAUGUGUGUGAGUGUGUGUGAAGAGUGACAUGAAGUGACAGAUGUUUUAUUUGAUUUAUGUUAUUGUACUAUACCUGCUGGUUUGUCUGAUUGUCUGCUUUUGUAUUACUUGGAGGCGAGUGAGGGGCCUGUGGCUUUUGACUUCCACCAGUGCCACCAUGUGGCGGAACUGCAGUACUGCAGUAAUGAGCUCUUUUCAGGCUUACGUCUCGUGUCUUAACUGGACAGAGCAAUAUGUAAUUUUAAAUCCAGUUUUACAGUUUCUUUUUUGGGAUCUGUCUCAAGUUUGCAGCUUAACAAAACAAACAUUAGAACACAUCAUUGAGUUUCACUCAAGUUUCCGUCAGGAUUUUUAAACACUUAUCACAGUAUUAUAUGAGAACAUUCCUGUGGGAAUGAUCAGCGUAGAAAAAAUGUAUUAAAUUUAGCAAAAAUAAAUAAAUAAAAAACAAGUUUUUACAUUCACCUGAAGAUAGUACAGAACAUGUGAGUCUGCUGUCCGUGGUGCUGAAACCACAUCCCCUGUAGUAAGUCAGUCCCAUCGAAAUGAUCGCCUGCACCUUAGUUUGGAAUUGUAUUCACAUUAUCAGCAAAAUUAUAAAAUACACCAAUGAUAAAUAUUACUGUGGUCAGGCCUAAUUAUAAGUUCACCCACGGCCUGGGCUGUAAAAGUGAUUUUUAUUAGUUUUCCACAGUUAGAAACUUGUAAUGACCUGUUCAGUAAUACACCACCAAUGAGCACUGGGGUUGGCUACUUAAAUCCUUUUUGUGAGUAUAUAGUUUUUGUUCAGGUUGAGAUACAGUAUUAUAGUUUUUUAAUUUUCUUGGCAGGUGUACAGACUUCAAACAGAAGAUAAGCAGUGAUGUGUGAGACUGAAACAUGUGGCAACACAUCAAAAUCAGAAGGACCUAAGUUAUUAUUAUCUAGUGCUAUUUUUGCAUAAUAAUGACUCUUUGCUUCUCUGUAAGGACAUUUCUCUCUAGUGUGUUUUCUAAACAUCUUUUAAAAAAGCCUACCAGCCAGAGGCCUUAAGUAUAAAUGUAAACAUUUAAUGUAAACAUGGAUAAUCACAGAAGGAAUCAGUGCAAAGUCAUUUCAAAUGGUAAAGAAAUAUGUUUGGGGAAUUUAAAUUUAAUGAACAAAUAAACACACGACACUGACAAAUUAUUGCUAUUCUCUUCAUUUAAGAGAUGUCACAAACCUUAUGGGAAAUCAAAUAAAAUCUCACCUGAAAGUGGACUAUUUUUAGAGCUCUUCUCCAAAGAGUGCCUCAGAUGAGAGUUUUCAGUGGAGCUCAUCGGCUUUUCAGGCUCCCCUUCGCUUUCCUGCAAUUUAAACCACAAACACAUCAAACACUCUUGUCAUAAACCAGAACUGUGGACGUCUCUACUUGCUUUUCUGGUUCUGUUUGGAUCUUCCUCCUCUGAUCUGAGUUUAGCUACCAGUUAACAGCCGCUGCUCUGUAUGUUGUGGAUUGUAGUGGCAGCCACUGAUCACACUAGAUGCAGGUUUACUCACUUUAAACCGGCCUGAUGAGCAUUUUCAGUUAAGAUUCAGCUCUGAGGUUUGCUUUAAAUUGACUUUUGGAUGGAAGCACAGUUAUUGUUUUCAUGUGGGAUUUAUUGAGAUAAAGAAAAAUCCAGAUUUCUGUUCCUUCAUUUAGUCAGGAGCGGAAACGUGUCUGCAGACUGAGAUGCUUGGUGAUUGGUUUAAAAUGAGUCCUGAUUUUCUAUUUAACCAAAAGCUGCAAAAGUCAGAAGUCAUCAGGUGCCUCCUCACUUUCCCUUUCUAUUUUAUUUUAUUUCCCUUCAACCGGGACCAAAACCGAGGCGAGUGACAGUCGCCUCACACAGUUCAGAAACUCACUUCAUCCUUUGGGUUCAGGCUGGCUGACGCUAACGAUAUGAGCUGGAAACACAAGCGAGGAACUGUGUUGCUUUCUUUGUGUGCUUUUGUAUUUGUGUUUCUUCUGUGAUGCCAUACAUGUAACGGUGAAUGUCUAUGAUGCUGCUGCUGAUCAUGACGAUGAUGAUGAUGAUGAUUCAAAAUGAAUAUAUUUCUGUCUAAUGUUUUGUUGUUGUUAGUUUUACUUUGGCUGCAUCGAACUCAUGCAUCUCUGUGAUGGAAUCGGUGUGGCGAAGGGGAAGCAUUAGAGCAGGAAAGGGCAACUGCGGUGCUCCAGGGCCCCUGUCCUGCAGGUUUUAGAUGGUUUCCUGCUCCAACACACCUGGUUCAAAUAAAUGGAUCCAACAGCUUGGUGUCAAGUUCUGCAAAAAUCACCCAUUGAUUUGAAAUAGAAAAAGCAUCAAAGCCCUGCAGGACAGUGGCCCCUCGGGGACCAGUUACCCAUCCCUGCAUUAGAGGAACUCUGAUUUAUGAACAAAUGGAAAAGAUGGAGAAAAACGUAAAACUAGGUGGAAACAACUGUGCUCAUGAAGCACAGAUCACCUCAAUACAGCAGAAAUACCUCAGAUGACUUUUCUAUGUGUUAAACUUGUUUUUAGAUGUUAUUAGUUGGGUUAGUCACAUAUUUGAUUGUGUGUGUUUUAUUUUGGAUCGAUUGAUUCGAGAAGUUAAUAUAGUACAUGCAAGACUCAAACCUGGAAAUAAUGCAAAGUUUCUAAUGUUUAAACUGCCAACAUCAGGAAAUCACCUGGACUGAGCUCCUUCAUCAUCCUCUCCUCUCACUUUCCUACCUUUACUCCUCAUCUCCUCGUCUCGUUUCCUUUAAUCUUCUCUGUCCUUUACUUCAUCUUCCCUCAUCACCUUUGGUCUCACAUCUUUCUCCUAGAUGUGCGUUACUCUUUUUCACUUAUAUAAACUUACUUGUCUUUAUUAUUUGUUUUUCCCCCUUAAAGAUAAAGUUUCAUCAUUCGCUCUGUCUUCAUCUAAUUUUGCUCCAUUACCUUCUGUUAUUACCAUUACCUUCCAAGUCUUUUUGUCUCAGACUAAUCUGGCCUGAUCCCAGCAUGCAAACAAAGAAAUGGACAGGACAGAGAUUAAGAUCCAGAUGUUUCCAGGUGUUUUCAAGAACGCAUUACCUCAUUACAGCCUCCUGGGUGGCAAUGGUGUGUUUGAAAGAUGACAUUAGACUGUGACAGCAGGAGGUUAAGCUAUGGCGACGACUUAUUACCUAAAACCUUGAAUAAGUGUUUAGCUGCAGUUUUACAUCGAAGUUUUAAAGGACUCGCUGAGGAAAGUGUCUUACUGUACUUGUCAUUAUACUGCUUCACAUCCUUCCUCCUCCUGUGACAGUUGUUACCCCUCCACCUUCAUGUAUGAUCCUACAAGAGGCCUCUGAAAAAGCUUACAGCAAACAAUACACACCUUCGUCAUCACUGGGAGGAGCGACUUUGUGAGGCAAGCAUCAUAGAAAUCAGCUCAAGAGACAGAACGCUGCUUCAUGGCCUUAUGUUCAGUUUCUUCCCAGAUCAUAGUAGAAAUCAGUCUGAGAGGCGGACAUCUUUACCAACCCCUUUUCACCCAGAUUAGGAUGAUGAUGAGGUGAUGUGGAAUGUAAAACGUGUACUUUAUGUUUCUCUGGUUACAAACAUGUACUACUGAUUUAACUAAUGCUAUAAAAACAAGUAAACGCUAAGAAGUAGUUUCCAUUACUGUUAAAAAAAAAAAGAAAAAAAAGAAAAAUGUUUGGGAAGGCUGUUUUUUGUCUUUUUAAUAUAUAAAUAUAUUUGUGUAUUGAAUACAGAGCAGAGGGAGUUAAUAGGAGCUGUUUAAAGGUUCCAGUGGUGGUUUUCAUUUUCUCAUUUUAACUCUGAGAUCGCUGUAACAUCGUCGUUUAAUUUACGAUCUGAUGGAAAUCUCCUCAUUAAGAAUUAUCCCCUUGUUUUUAUUUUUUUACUGUGGUGAUUUGUAGAGAAAAACACGCGUGGAGCUCGUUAGAUCUGCUAGAAAAGAAAAAGUUGUGUGUUUGUGCGUGUGCGGCGUCUCUUUUCGUAACUAUUUUCAUAAAUGUAUUGUAUAUCUCUCUAUUAAUAUCUUCCUCUCUCUCCACUCAGUGCCAGGAUCAUUAUUGUAUGAAUGAAUGUAGUUCUAGUCCUCAGUGCAACGACGCCAACUACACACACACACACACACACACACACACACACACACACAC